AAUUUUGUGGUAAAAUGCUCCACUUUCUUUUUUAUAAGCUAAAAUGCUUGACUUAUAAAUGACCACAAGUAGAGUAUAGUUGAGGAAUCAAAACCAAUGGGAUCCCAUAGUGAAGACAAUGUUGAAAAGCUGCUUCAAGCCCAAACCCAUGUAUUCAAUCACAUUUUCAGUUUCAUAAAUUCAAUGUCCCUUAAAUGUGCAAUUGAAUUGUCCAUACCAGAUAUCAUACAAAACUAUGGUGAACCCAUCCCACUCUCACAACUCAUUGCUAAAUUACCAAUCAACCCUUCUAAAACCGGCGACAUUUAUCGUUUAAUGAGAGUUUUAACACAUUCCGGUUUCUUCAAUGUCACAAAAAAUGAUGUAGAAGUAAUGUAUGAGCUUAAUGAUGCAUCUAGAUUAUUACUUAAGGACCAUCCCUAUAGUAUGACAUCUAUGUUACAUGUUAUACUUGGUCCAAUUAUGAGUAAACCAUGGUGUCAACUUUCUAAUUGGUACAAAAAUGAUGACCCUUCACCUUUUCAUACUGAAAAUAAUGGGAUUGCUUUAUGGGAUUUUGCUGGCCAUGACCCUAAAUUCAAUCAUUUGUUUAAUGAAGCUAUGGCUUGUGAAACUAGAAUGGCUUCUAGUGUUAUGAUGGGAAAGUUUAAAGGGGUGUUUGAGGGAUUGGAAUCAUUGGUUGAUGUUGGUGGAGGCAUAGGAACAAUUACUAAGGUUAUUGCUAAGUCAUUCCCAAACAUUGCAUGCAUUGUGUUUGAUCUCCCACAUGUUGUUGAUGGCUUGGAAGCAAGUGAAAACUUGAAAUAUGUUGGAGGUGACAUGUUUGAGGCUAUUCCUCCUACUCAAUCAAUUUUACUCAAGGGUGUAUUACAUGAUUGGAAUGAUGAGGAAUGUUUAAAUAUUCUAAAGAAAUGCAAGGAAGCAAUAGAGAGCAAAGGAAAAGAAGGGAAAGUGAUAAUCAUAGAUGCAGUGGUGGGGAAUGAGAAGGAAGACAAAGAAUCAUUUGCAGCACAAUUGUUCUAUGAUUUGGAGAUGAUGGUUUUAGUCAAUGGAAAAGAGAGAAAUGAGAAAGAAUGGUCUAAGCUGUUUUUCUCCGCUGGUUUUAGUAACUACAAGAUAACUCAUGGUCUUGGUUUUAAGUCUCUCAUUGAAGUUUUUCCUUAGUAGUUAGUUGUAAUUGAAGUAGUCCCCAUUAUAAGGACCUAUAAUCCUUUGUUUUGUUGGUGUGUCUGAACUUCUUGUGUGUAAUUGUGAGGUGCAAAUUCUCUCCCUUGUAAAGCUGUUUGCACUUGUUGUGUAUUGUUUACGUUAUUGUUUUUUAUUUUUUUUUGGUUUAUAAUUACAUUGUGAAAUGUGAAAUUAAUUUUUUUUUUCUUUGAACAAAAA